CUAUGCAUUAAAGCAGGGGUGUCAAACUGGCGGCCCUCCAGCUGUUGCGAAACUACAAGUCCCAUCAUGCCUCUGCCUUUGGGAGUCAUGCUUGUAACUGUCAAUCAUGCAAUGCCUCAUGGGACUUAUAGUUUGGCAACAGCUGGAGCGCUGCCAGUUUGGCACCUAAUGCUUUAGGACGGAGGUGGGCAACUGUGGCCCUCCAGCUGUUGAAGAACUACAAGUCCCAUGAGGCAUUGCAAAACUGACAGUUACAAGCAUGACUCCCAAAGGCAGAGGCAUGAUGGGACUUGUAGUUCACCAACAGCUGGAGGGCCAGAGUUGCCCACCCCUGCUUUAGG